AUGAAAAUUGUUAAUGUCCUUGAUGAUAUAGGAGGGUCAUUAUCAAUUGCUGCUAAAGGUUUAUACUCAACUGGUUUAAGUACUGAUCUAAAUGUUAGUUUUAUAAAUAUUGCCAAAAAAGAUGAUAUUGUGAUAAUGGAUGCAGAAUGUGUUAAACUUGGUAAAACUUUAGCUCACACAAUCAUAGAAUUAAAAAAUAAAAAUAAUGAAAAUAAAUUGAUUGCUCAAGGAAGACACACAAAAUUUGUUUCAAUUGCUCAUAAUGAUGAUAAAAAUAUAUUUAAAAAAAAUUAA